AACAAAUCUUCAAGUCGGCAUCUACUACAGAAGAUACCCGAACGAUUGGUGGGUAUACCGGUACUCUGGUUCUGGAUGCUCUGCACCUUGGUAUGAGUACCCAUGCAGUCUAUCAUUAUGUAGUCGACACGUUUGGCAACUACGAAGAGAUAUAUAAUAUCAUAUGGAGUUUCAAGCUUCAAAUAUUGCUCAGUAUGGUGAUUAUCGUGGGCGUCCAGGCCAUAUAUGCCAUCCGGAUCUGGAAACUCGGCCGUCACUUCAACAAGAUCAUUCCAUGGUUUGUGGUGCUGACCGUCGCAGCCGCUUUCGGUGCUGGAAUUUUCUCGGUGUACGCUGAGUACACCAUAUCUAGUUUUCUAUCGAUAUCACGCAUCAAGGCGUCGACAUGUGUCGUUUUUUCCGUCCCAGCCAUUUCUGACUUCAUAAUCGCCUUCGCAAUGUGUUACUACUUGCAUAAAUGUAGGGAAGCUUCCGAGUUUGCUAGCACCUCUGCGAUGGUUCUCCGCUUAAUGCGGCUAGUCGUUGUAUCUGGCUUGGCUACAAGUGCAUGUUCUCUACUAACGCUCAUCACGUAUCUGGUUUGGCCGAACACUCUUAUUUUCCUUGGCGUCGAUUUAGUCUUACCAAAAUUCUACAUUAACUCACUGCUCGUUAUGUUAAAUUUCCGGCCAGACCAUCGAACGGCAGCUAGAAGUCAUUCUUCUGAACUAAGAGUCCUAAGAUUUGCGCCUAGAGACUCUAGGUCUGAUGUCGAUGAAGUGAGCAUCAGUAUUCCGAUGGAAAAUAUUCAGUCGUUGGAGCACACAAAGUAGAGGCUGCAUUUCCAAGUAAAAAUUAGGUUGUAUGCCGUAUCGA